AUGUUGUUUUGGCUUUCUGUUGCUGCGUUCAAUGCGCUUCUGGUUAUUGGUGCACCAUUAAACAACACCUGCACUACACCUAGUGUUCGGUCGGAAUGGCGUGAAUUAAACUCCACGCAGCAGCACGACUAUAUUCAAGCUGUUGUCUGCAUGAUGAACAAACCUAGUAUUUAUACUGACAAUCGUACUCAAAGCCGACACGCUGAUUUUGGAUGGUUGCACUUUCAAAUGAUGAAUACUGUUCAUCAAUCUGCAUCGUUUCUUCCGUGGCAUCGAGUGUUUCUCCAUGCAUACGAGGUUUCUUUGAAAACUGAAUGCAACUACAAAGGAUUUCUUCCAUUCUGGGACUGGACGGUAGAUUCUCAAGCUCCUGAACGUGCUCCAGUGUGGGGUGACAAGGCCUUUGGUACAGAUGGUGACCCAUCUACUGAUACACACUGUCUUAUUGACGGCCCGUUUGUAAACUACACCAUCACUGUUCCAGAAACCGUUUGUAUUUCGCGUACAAUUUCUCAACUCACAACCUAUUCUAGUUACUACUCUCCCGAAAGUGUUCAUCAGAUUAUUUCUUCCAGUCACAACUUUUCAGAAUUUUCAACGUCGUUGGAGUUUGGACCUCAUGCCGUUGUGCAUGUAGGAGUCGGUGGCUCAAUGUCCGAAGUAAUAAUUAGUGCUCAUGAUCCCAUCUUUUAUCUCCACCACGCAAAUGUUGAUCGUAUCUGGAGUCUAUGGCAAAAGCGAUAUCCCAAAUUGGCCAAUACCUACUUUGGUCAACUACCAGAUGGGAAAAAUGUAAACGUCACUGACAGUCUUGAAUUGCUUUCAGUUUCCAAUACUCUCAAAGAUCCCACUGUAUCCAUGUCACUGAGCACAACUGGAUCUACUCCGUUCUGCUAUAUUUACUCGAAUUCUGUUCGACCCAAUCAGUCUCCCUCAAAGUCUAGUAGACAGCUUAUGCCUAGAAGCCCGAUUUCUUUCAAGUCUACGGUUCAAAUGAUCAUUGCUGCCAAGAGAAUUGCUUCUGCUGUGGACAAAUACGCAUAUGGUAUAGAGCAGGGCAUCACUCCAAAGACAUCUGAUCGUGAUGAUCGAAAAAGGCUUCGCUGCCCCCCUCGUAUAGGCGAAUCCAUGAGUCAACAGUUGAAAAUGAGUCCAGAGCAGAAAGUUGAAAACCAUCAUCGAGAAGAUAUGAACUGCGCCUUUAUUCAUUUUGUCAAUAGCAAUGCUACCCAAUACCAGUCUCCUGUAUCUCUCGAGUUUACAGGUCCAAGUAUGGGAUACCACUCUGUCUCCGAAUCAGAGUUUGAAGAAGAGUAUCAGUUUGUUCAAAAGCUGCACGACAUAUUUGGAGAUGCCUUUAAACAGGCAGUGUAG